AUGUUUGAUAAACAAGGUUUACAAUCGGACGAUCUUUUAUUAUUUGAACAAUAUCGUUUAUCAACUUUACUUUCAUCAUUUGAUUCAUUUACUGAGUUAAAAAAACAAGAUAUUCAAACUGAUGAAAAUCGUUCUAUUCUUUUUCAAAAAUAUCUUUUACAAGCUGAACGAAUUAUUCAUUUUGAAUCUCUUAUUCAAAUUCUUAUUAAUACUUGGUCAAAACAACAGAUUAACAAUAUGAAAGGAUCACAUGGAUUAAUUUUAAAAAAUGAAUUAAUUUUAGCAAUGAUUCAAAAAAAUUCAGAUUGGGAAAGAAUAUUGACUGAAAAUAUCGUUCAAUUUGAUGAAGAAGAAAUGAGUUCAUUAAUACAAUAUUUAUACAAUUCAACAGACCUAACGUCCUACGCAUAUAAACUAUGGUUAAUAAAUCCAAUAUCAUCAUUAGCCGAUUUACUUUUUCGAUCACCAUCUGAAUCAGUGAUUGACAAAGAGUUUUUAUUAAUGUCAAUUGAAAGAAAUCGUGUUAAUGAUUUAUUAACAAUAAAUCCUUUACUAUUUGAUUAUUAUUUGAAUGAAAACCUUUCUCAUGAAGAAAAACGCAAAAUUCUAAAUCAACUUGAAAAUAAUGAAGAAUUUCUUGUAAAAAUUGCUCAGCUAUUUAUUCAUAACGAAGAUUAUUCAUCAUUUAUAUCAUUUGGUCUAAUUAUUGAUACUUUACAGAAAUAUUUUUUAAAUAAAUAA